AAGUAAAUUUAGCAAUAAAAAUGAAACUCUUGGCAUUUCUGCUUUUUAGCUUGUAUAUCUUUUAUGUAAAGAGUGAAGAGUGUCUAAAGGAUAAAUAUGUCCCAGACAGUCACCCCUGUCUUAGAAUCUGUUUCAAUCGCACUGACACUAUUUGUGCAAAUAAUGGAAAAUGCUACUUUAAUUUCAAAAAUGGGUGCACGAUGAAUAACAGAAAUUGCUAUAGCAUAGCCAGAAAAUGGCCAGUAUUCAAAUUUAUUAGCAAAGGACCAUGCGUUAACCCGACAUUGAGAAGAUGUUUAAAUUCCCCGGCCCCGGCACCAGCACCGGAAACGGCACCGGCACCCUAAUCUUCCAGAGGGUGAUUGUACUUAAAUCUGUUUCUUUUUUUAACCAAAAAUUAAAGCAAUUCAACAGCCACAGA